AAUCCUAGAAGGGCGGCGCGCGGCCGUGGUGGCGGUUGCUGUCCCCGCGCGAGGCCUGGCAGAGCUGCGCGGCGAGGAGAGGGAAUUAGAGAGAAGUGGUGCUGCUGCUGCUGAGUCUGCAGGCAUGAUGCCGACCCUGAAGCCGAAGCAUCGCCCUUUCUGCUUCAGCGUAAAAGGCCACGUGAAGAUGCUGCGGCUGGCACUAAAUGUGACAUCCAUGACCUUUUUUAUCAUUGCACAAGCCCCUGAACCGUACAUUGUCAUCACUGGAUUUGAAGUCACUGUUACUUUAUUUUUUAUAAUGUUAUAUAUACUGAGACUUGAUCGAUUAAUAGCCUGUUUAUUUUGGCCGUUGCUUGAUAUUAUCAACUCAGUGAUAGCAGCAAUAUUCAUGAUAAUCAUAUCUGUGUUGGCACUGUUACCAGAAACCACAACAUUUAUAGUCCUUGGAGGGGUGUUUGGACUCCUGGCAGCAGUGUGCUGUAUUGCCGACGGGGUCCUUAUUUACCGGAAGCUUCUAUUUAAUCCAAGUGGUCCUUAUCAGAAACACUCCAUUCAUGACAAAAUAUAAGUUUUGUAAUUUUAUAUUACCCUUUAGUUCAUGUAAGUAUUAAAUAUAUUAAAUAUAUUUAUUCCUCCACAUAUUUCUUGUGGUUGUUCUCAUUUUAAUCUCAAUAUGGAAACUGGAAGAAGAGAUAUGGAUGG